AUGGGUAUGGGGGAUGAACAAGAUUUUGAAAGGUAUGUGGAGGAGAGGUAUCUUCAAAAGCAAUAUCAACAAGUAGAGGAACAAGUGGGUUCUCAUGAAAGUAAUUCAGAAAUUGAGGAUGAAGAUUUUUCUAAAUUGUCACUAGCUGAUCCUAAUUCUGAUUCUGAAGAAUUAUUCCUAUCUGAAAGAGAUAUUAACCCAUGGGCCAAAGAAGAUAAAUUCAAAAAACCUCCAAAAUAUGCUAUAGAUUCUCGACAAUUAUUUAAUGAUGCUCAAUCAAUAGUUAAUCCUCCCAAUGAAAGAGAUAACAGAGAAAUAUUAGAAGAUGAAAACAUGACAGAUAGUGCUGACAAAACAGGAGAAAAUCAAAUUAUUGAUAAGAACAUAGUGUCUUCCGAUUUACCUCUUCAGGAUAUCAUUUCUAACGAAAGUGACAAAAGAGAAAUAAUACCAGAAACACUGUUACCAAAUUUUGAACAGCAAAACCUGAUAGAUUACAAGAAAGAAAUCGUUGAAUCAUCAAAUAUUGAAAAAAAAACACUUUCAAGGUUGCACUGGAUUGGCAUUACAUCAUUCAUGGUAGCAGUAAUUUCUGUGCUUGUAAUCACAUUUCUUGAUAUUUACCAAACAGCUAAACAUGGAUAA